AUGGAUUUGUGUCUUUCUUUUUCAGUGGUCACAGGAGCUACUGAUGGGAUUGGAAAAGCCUACGCAGAAGAGUUAGCAAGACGUGGAAUGAAGGUGGCUCUGAUCAGCAGGUCAAAGGAAAAACUAGACCAGGUUGCCAGCGAAAUAAAGGAGAAGUACAAAGUGGAAACAACAGUUAUUGUGGCGGACUUUGGAGAGAGAGAAGAUAUUUACAAUAGAAUCAAAGCGGGAUUGGAAGGCCUGGAGAUUGGCGUUCUAGUCAACAACGUGGGAAUUUCGUAUGCUUAUCCCGAAUAUUUUGUUGAUAUUCCAGACCUGGAUAAUGCAAUUGACAAAAUGGUUAACAUUAACGUCAUGUCCGUUUGUAAGAUGACACGAUUGGUGCUGCCCGGCAUGCUGGAAAGAUCAAAAGGAGUAAUCCUGAAUAUCUCCUCAGCUGCUGGGAUGUAUCCAACUCCACUGCUGACUCUUUAUUCUGCAACAAAGGCUUUUGUGGAUUACUUCUCCCGAGGCCUCCAUGCAGAAUACAAGAGCAAGGGCAUCAUUGUGCAGAGCGUUCUGCCAUACUACGUGGCAACCAAGAUGUCCAAAAUCCGCAAGCCAACCUUCGAUAAGCCCAGUCCUGAGACGUACGUACGGGCCGCCUUGGGCACAGUAGGUCUGCAGACCCAGACCAACGGCUGCCUGCCCCAUGCACUCAUGGGCUGGAUCUUCUCUCUCCUACCUUCGUCUGCUGCCAUGAGUUUACUCAUGAAAACAAACAAACAAGUACGUGCUCGUUAUUUGAAAAAAAUGAAGGAAAAGUAAGCUGCAGACAACUAGAUCUUGGAAGCCUGGGACACCUGCGAGCUCUCUACACACAUUUCGGCACCAAGUAGAUAUAAUGUUUUAAAUAUCUUUGAACGUAGGUGUAUUUUCUACUAAGGCAAAACAUGGUCUUGUUUUGAGGAUACAGACAAAGUGGGAUUCUUGAUUUCCAAUAUGGUUUGCUUUAUUUGUUUAUAAACACGCUGGGGGAAAGCGCUUCAGACUAAAACUGCACUGUGCUUUAAAAAAUACUCACAUGGGCUUGAUCAGACAUUGCCUUUUUGAGGAGCAGCUGGGUUAUGUAGCGUCCAUGAAGUCCGUGCAUUGUGUGCUUGGUGAAGGGAUGAGCAAUAGUAGUUCUGUCUCUUACAUACUGCUGGAAAGGUGGGAAGCAGUGGGAAGAGAGUGUAUUUAUUUAAAAAGACAACUAUGCACAGAAUGUAACUCUUGCAGUUCAGGUUUAGGACAUCUUCUCUCACUCAGCAUGGUCAGUGCUGCACCCUGGCCAUGCAGUUGGGUCAGUGGAAGCAGCCCACAGUCACAGGGCAUGGGGAGGAGAGCUCCAGGAYAGCUUUUGGGCUAUGCAGGGGCCAAUCCGUCCAUGAAACAAAAAUGCCCGCAUUUCAGGCUACUCUGUUAAGCAAAUUGCUUUAAAUUACUUUAACUUGAAAAAGAUUCACCAGCUUCUGAAGUGAAUCUGAUGUUUUUGGAAGCCUUUUCAUGGAGCUUUACCCACUGCACUGAAGUAGGCUCUUGCACCAAAGUCGGACUGAUCRUAUAGGUUGAACUUCAAGGCUUCAGUAUGACUUGUGAUUAUGAACUGAAGGGGAAAGGGCCAAAAUACAUGAGUUUAAUUCCUAAUCUAUACAUAUAUACAUAAAAUAAUAUUACUAAAAGUAUUUGCAUUCUUGGUUCUUUAAUGUGGAUUCUAACUUUGCAGUAAUAAGUGAUCUUGGUUUGUAAUAACAGUUCAAAAAGUUCAGUGCCUGCUCUUUAAGUCAAGGGUGAUGACCCAAUGUAGAUAAAUGUUACAAGGUGUGUGCUGCUGGGUGGUUGCUGUGCACAAAUUCGUUGCUACUUGAAAUGCAGAGCUUGAAAUGAGUAACUCUCCUUUUUAGCAAAAGUGGUUAAACUUCCUGAAGUGUGUAUCAGUCUGACUUCUGGCGAGGCCUUUAGAAAUGAGAAUCCUGAAUAUAUUUGGAAUAGCUCUGGGAAAAAAAAAUCUUAGAAUCAGAAAACUUUUAUAAAUGUAAAAGAGCUGCUUAUACCAGUCAGCUUAGUCCGAGUGCUGUGGGCUUCUGAAUUGAGAAAAUUGGAAUUGUUUGCUUGUGGCAUGAAAUAACUGAGCUACUUAAAAUAACUCAUUUGUUUAGUAGCUCUGUUGCAACUGGAAGAACUGGAGUUCUCCAGUAAGGCUGAAAUUAUCCAACUCCAGGAGGUAGGGAUCAGAAUAUAUGAGAAGUCAGUCUGCACUGCUGUUUGUAUUUACAUGCUCCUUUAAAUAAAGAUUUUGGCCUCUUAACAGUCUUUUAUAAAGGCAAAAUGUACUAAAACUUUCAAAACAAUUUAAAUUGCAAAUAACUGUUUUCUGUGGUGACUGCCACUGAUGUAAACGCUGGAGGUAGUUUUCCAUCCUUGGAUGAAAAACUUGAAACUCUGAUUUUUAAAGUUAAAUGUGCUAUACUGGGACAAGAUUUGAGGCUAACAUUUCUGUACAUUGAAAAUACAUGAAUACCGAUGCAAUGGUGCUGAUGAAAACCAAGGUGCAGAUCCUAUCCCUGAGUUUGCCUGAUUUUUGGAACAGGG